CUAACAAUUGUGAUUUUCUGCUUAAUGACUGCGUUACCACACCUCCUUUAUGGCCCUGGUGAUGAUGCUUUGGCGUUAACUGCGGAAUUUGGCGCUCAACCGGAUGAAAAUGCUACCAUGGAAGCAAUACAGAAGCAAGGUUCGAAAACGUUAUGCCUCCUAAGUGGCCGCGGGGCAGAGUGUGAGGUAGGCGAAGGCAAUUUGGCACCUCAACUGGUGUUAUUCGUUGCACAAUUUAUCUCAGGUAUUGGCGGCUCACUAUACUACACGCUGGGCGUUUCAUAUAUGGAUGAUAAUACGAAGAAAUCACGAACUCCAGCAUUGCUAAGUUUAUCAUACUUUCUGCGUAUGCUUGGUCCCGCGUUCGGUUAUGCGCUCGCCUCUUUCUGUCUGCGCGUCUAUAUCGCACCAAAUUUACAUCCUGUCAUCAAUAAUCAAGAUCCACGCUGGUUGGGCGCCUGGUGGAUGGGGUGGCUAGUGAUUGGUGGUAUGAUAUUCUGCUCUGGUGCCUUUCUUACAAUGUUCCCUAAAGAACUACCACGUGCUGCGGCUAGACGCAUGGUCGAAGAUGAGCGUCGUAAACGUGCAACGUUAAAGGAGAGACAAGAUAAUCUUAACAAAGAACCAACGGAGAAGGAUAGACUAACUGCUGAGAUGGAGGAGAAGCCAAAGGAGGAAACCAAAGCUUCUUUCAAGGAUAUGUUAACUACUUUUAAACGGCUCACCACCAAUAAGACGUUAAUGUGCAAUAAUUUCUCCUCUGUAUUCUAUCUCUUCGGUUACACGCCUUACUGGAUUUUCACACCUAAAUACAUUGAGAUACAAUAUCGGCAGUCAGCAGCUACAUCGAG